GAACUGCAUCAGAAUGGUCGGCUGACCCCCUCGGGGAAUGGCAGAAGGAUGCGUAGAACUCCCAGACGAGCUCCUAGUAGGUCAGCUCGGCGAGGCAGAGAAGGCGCCGCCAACCAUAGGGGCGAACAGCUGCCUCCAUCUGCGGCCUGGCAUGAAGCGCCUCGAACAACUCAAAAUCGAGAUGCAGGUGCUCGGCGAUAUGGUGGGUACGGAUGGUCCGCAGCAGAUGGCGUUGUGUGAUGCUCAACUGGUCGAGGUAGUCUUCCAUGAUCCUGCAAAGCACAAGGAUGGACAAAUGGCACACAAGCGAACAGGGUCAAUGUUAGGCAAAAACCACACGGGGAGCCCUCAUAUCGAAACAUAUGGACAGUGGACUAGGCUUCCGGUGAAACAAGCAUACCAAUCACACAAGAAUCACACAACCAAACACACCGGGGACCCUCAAAUCGAGCGAUUUGGAUAGUGGACUAGGCGCCCAAUGGAACAAACACCAAAUCCAUACCAAUCAUUCACCAAUCGAUCCACCACACAAAAACUACACAAGCACGCACACAAUGCAAACAUGCAAAUGGUAGGCCGGAGAACUAAAAUCCCGAGACAUACAUAUAGCAAGUAAAGAACGCCAUCGGCCUACCAAAUCAGUCCCAAAUCAUGCCACAAUCACAAAUUCUUCAUCUAACUCUAGGUAUCGAUUCUCCAAAAAUAAAAUAAGAGGCAAUGAAAACACACCUGGAGA